AUGACUGAGGCGGAAGCCGCUGAUGCACCUGGCACCGUAACCAUAGCUGGCCUGCAUGGUCAACUCGUAACUUUUCCUGCAGACUCGGAAGCUUUGCGCGGUGGUUUCCAUCACUCGCAAGUGGAGGAAGGCGACGAUGGAGGCGUUGAGGCAGGCGGCGAGGAGGGCCAUGCGGAAAGCGAGGAAGAUGACGACCACGAAGGCGAGGAACAAGAGGACGGUGAAGAUGCCGCAGGCGAUGAGAAUCAACAGCAGCCACAUUUCGAGCCAGUUCUCCCCGCUGCGCACGCUGGAGCAGCAGUUGGUAACGGGGCUGCGCCGUGUGAAAACCAGGUUCCAAUCAGAGGAGCCCGUUCAGCUCGUAAGCACAUUGUUCCCGAUGCGCAUCAUGCCGCCAUCAACCGACGACUUGAAGCCGAGCUGGAGGACCUGCGCAACACCUUGGCGGCGUUUCGAUCCGGAACGCACGCAAUAGAUGGACCUGAUGACGUGGACGACCCCCGAAUCAACAUGGACAGGCUGCCGAAGGUGGACGGGAAAAUCCACAUUCCCACCAGCUUGUCCGACGACGAGGCGUUCGCGAAAAACGCGCUCGCCGUGUACGUCGGGAUGAUUACUGCUGGGCCGGCAAAGUCGAUGCAGUUCUACCCCGAUUGGCCAGACCUGGUUCCUUUGAUGGUGCGGAGGUAUGUGCGGCUGGGUGUUUGCAAGGACCUGUAUUACUUCGUGGCAGGAGGUGACAAGCUGAAGGAGGACGAGGCAAUGGAUAAGAUUGCCAACAAGCGGCAAACUAUGAACAAGACUAUGAAGCUUUAUGGCUGCGGCGCUGGAGGUGGCGUGGCGAAGGAAAGGUGGCACGAGCUGGAGCGGGUCGGCCUGAGGCCGACCGAGUUUAGAGAUCCAGACGUCUGGACGGCUUACUUCAAGGACGGUGAGUCUUUGAGUGUUUGUUAA